CUUAUCCCUUAAAGGUACCCGUUUGAGCCCCCGAAGAUUCGCUUUCUGACCCCCAUCUAUCAUCCUAACAUUGACUCUGCUGGAAGGAUUUGCCUGGAUGUUCUCAAAUUGCCACCAAAGGGUGCGUGGAGGCCUUCCUUGAACAUCUCCACGCUGCUGACCUCCAUACAGCUGCUGAUGGCGGAGCCCAACCCUGAUGACCCUCUCAUGGCAGACAUAUCCUCGGAGUACAAGUACAACAAGCAACUGUUCUUGCUAAAUGCCAAAGAAUGGACUGAGAAAUACGCAAGCCAGCAGACAAGGGCUUCCAAGCCUUUGGAAGAGAAAAUAAACCAGGGAGAAACAAGUACCAGCAAUGAAUCUACUGCGCAGAAAAGAAAAGGGAGUCAUAUCAGCAAGAAGGAGAAGAAAUCUCGCCUGGAUUCCUAA